AUAGCAUAUGAAUUUUUUUGGAGAUGCCAUGCAAUAGCCAUUGCGAAGACCUUUGAAAUGAGUUCAAACUUGUAUAUGAAAUGUUUCAUUGUAAGAAGUAAUUAACAAAAAAAUGCUCAAAACCAUCCGUUAUCACCCCGUUAAAUGGUAUUCUAAUUGCUAUUCAAAAUAAACUCGUCUCAAGGUUGAUCUUGAAGCUUAUGGUUUAAACAAAAACAAAAAGAUCAAAAUCAAAAUUGCCUCAAAGAUCUACAUAUGCAUUAUUCAAACUUAAAAUAAAAAUUUAUGUAAAAGAUAGAACAAGUCUCUAAUGAUGAUCUGUUGACAGGGUGUGCUCUGUUCAUUUGGGGCAGUCUCAAACUUCAUCAUCAAAUGGUCCAUUGUUUGUGGCUUUGAAAUUCUUCAGUGGACAUCAGUAUUACCAAGGAGCUCUGCAGAGAGAACUCAUGGUGCUCAAUGCUCUUGCUGGAGAUAAGCACAUUGUCCAUCAGAUGGGUGAUGCCCCUCAUGCAAAGGCUACAGUAGGGGACGUGUUGGUACUGGAGAUCCUCACAGGCACUGCAGACUCAGUUUUGCCUGAUUUUAUCACCGAUUCUGAUUUCCCUUCACCCUGGCUGUUGGCUACAUUUGCUACUCAUGUUGCCAGAGGUCUGAAGUCACUGCACGGUGCUGGUCUGGUACAUGGAGAUAUGAAGCUCCAGAAUGUGAUGUGGUGUGCUGAGCGUUUGGUCUUCGUACUCAUUGACUUUGGCCUCAGCUCAAGAGUUGAUGAACGAUAUAACUUCAUGGUUCACAGCAGAGGAUGUUCAGCUGCUGAAGUGAUGAGUUGGAACGCGCUCGUGGCCGCCCACCCGUUGCCGGCGCAGUUGAAGUAUGAAGCCGUGGCUCGGCCAGGCCAGCCUGCCGAUAUCUGGGCGCUUGGCUGCACUUUGGCCAAGGCUGCGUUUGGGCGUCCUUUGUUCCCUAACGGAGGGCCUGAAGAACAGUCUGCUGUCGACAGAAUUCUUGACAAUAGAAUUAGAGAAAUAACUUCACGAUAUUCCCGCGAGUUCUGCCAAGACUUACUACAGUUUCUGAAAAGGUGUUUACGAGUGGUGCCUGAAGAGCGUGCAACUGCAGAAGAGCUUUGCGGGUCAUGGCAAGGCGCGGGUACUCCUUCGCAUCAGGACAUGAUGACGCUGCCGUCCCCUGUUCUCAGGGUCGACAAUGUCUGUGACCGCUGGGAAAAAGAACCUGUUCAGCUGUGA